CAAAGCAUUUAAUAUUCUUUAGUGACUGGUGGAAAUAAAGUGAUACAAAUACUUACAUUUUAAAACAUAAUGUUGUUUUAAAACUAAUAUCGGUCAGUAAUAAUAGUCUAUUUCAGAUAUCAGCGAAUGCAACGUGAUUAAAUGUGAAGUCCUCCGUUGUUUCUACGCUUCAAAAGCAACAGUCAAUAGUACCAGACGAUUUCCAUUUUCACUUUCAUUUGUUGUCUAAUAAAGAAGCGGUCAUGUUUCGUAGUAUUUAAAAUACAUGUUGCGGCACUUGACCGCGGCUCAACGCCCACCCGAGACGUUGCAGCAGCGGUCUGGGUCGAGUGUCCGUUUUACAUGAUGUUUUUCAACUACACGUGUAGCGAAUCGCCGGCGAGUCGUGUCGGAGUGUGCGAGUGUCUGUGGACAGCUGUGUGUCCAUCGAGACAGAGGCUCACACAGCCGGACUCGAUGCCGCGAUGACCAUGGCUGGUAACGAGCAGGACGGCAAACAAAACCCGCUGGCAACUGCCAAGUUUCUGUCCAAGGUUUUUUUGUGCUGGUUAACCCCACUGCUGCACCUGAGCCAGAAACGGAGGCUGGAGGAAAGUGACAUGUACAGCGUUCUCCCAGAGGAUCGCUCUGAAGUGCUGGGAGAGGAACUACAGAGAUUUUGGGACCGUGAAGUUAGAAAGGCUACAAAGGAACUUCGGAAACCCAAACUUGCCAGAGUUCUUAUUAAGUGCUAUGGGAAGUCCUACGCAGUGGCUGGGUUGUUUGUUUUUUCACUGGAGGUAAUUAAAGUGAUCCAGCCGCUUCUUCUGUGGAAGAUAAUCCAGUACUUUGAGAGUUAUGACCCACGUGACCAGAGGAGUCUUUACAUGGGCUAUGGUUACGCUGCUGCAAUGUCUCUCUCUGCCUUUGGGCUGACCAUCCUCCAACAUCUCUACUACUACCACGUCCAAAGAACAGGCAUGAAGAUCCGAGUGGCCGUCUGUCACAUGAUAUACAGGAAGGCUCUCAGUCUCAGCAGUGAAUCCAUGGGCCGAACCACCACCGGACAAAUUGUGAACCUCCUUUCAAAUGAUGUCGGUCGUUUUGACGAGAUUACACUCAAUCUGCACUACCUGUGGGUGGGUCCACUUCAGGUGGUGGCGGUCAUCGUUUUCCUUUGGUACGAGAUCGGCCCCUCGUGUCUGGCGGGUGUGGCAGCCAUUGCCCUGAUGCUGCCUGUGCAAACCCUGUUUGGAAAGCUCUUUGGCAUGUUCAGGAGCAAAACAGCAGUUCUUACUGACAACAGAAUCCGCAUCAUGAAUGAAGUGGUGUCUGGGAUCCGGAUCAUCAAGAUGUACGCGUGGGAGAAGCCAUUCUCAGCUCUGGUGACUGAAGUCAGGAGGAAAGAAAUCAGUCAGAUAUUGAACAGCUCCUACCUGCGAGGACUCAACAUGGCCUCCUUCUUUGCUAGCAGCAAGAUCAUCGUGUUCAUUACCUUCACUGUCUAUGUUCUCCUGGGCAACACCAUCACUGCCAGCAGUGUGUUUGUCACAGUUUCUCUCUAUGGCACAAUAAAGCUCACAGUCACCCUGUUCUUCCCACUCGCCAUCGAGAAGUUGUCAGAAACUGUCGUCAGCAUCCACAGGAUUAAGAAUUUCCUCCUGCUGGGCGAAGUUGAGAGGAGAAAGUCUGGGCUUCCUCUGGGGGAAAUGAAGGAAAAUGGCAUUGAGAUUGACAAGCUGACCUGUUACUGGGAUAAGAGUGUGGAUGCUCCGUCUCUGGUGAACAUCUCUAUCUCCCUGAAGACACCUCUGCUCCUGACUGUCAUCGGCCCGGUGGGGGCUGGAAAGUCAUCUCUGUUGAGUGCCAUCCUGGGAGAGCUGCCUUGUGACACAGGGACGCUGAAGGUCAAAGGUCAGCUCAGCUAUGCCGCCCAGCAGCCCUGGGUGUUCCCUGGCACCAUCCGCAGUAACAUCCUGUUUGGGAAAGAGCUGAACCCUCAGAAGUACGAGAGAGUCAUCAGAGCCUGCGCUCUGAAGAGGGACCUGGAGCUGCUCCCAGAUGGAGACCUGACGCUGAUCGGGGACAGAGGGGCCACACUCAGCGGGGGACAGAAGGCUCGUGUCAACCUGGCGAGGGCUGUGUAUCAGGACGCAGACAUCUACCUCCUGGAUGACCCUUUAAGUGCUGUGGAUGCUGAGGUCGGGAGACACCUCUUUGAACAGUGCAUCUGUGGCCUGCUGAAGAACAAGCCUCGUAUCCUGGUCACCCACCAGCUGCAGCAUCUGAGGGCAGCAGACCAGAUUCUGGUCCUGAAAGAGGGUCAUCCCAUGGCUCAGGGUACCUUCAGCGAGCUGCUGCGCCCGGGCCUCGAUGUCGUUUCUCUGCUGAGAAGCGACGAGGAGCAGAAUCGAUGGUCUCGAUCAGCUGACCCGGACGAACUGUCGUUACGCAGCCACAGGACCAAUCGAUCGCACAGCUCGCACUGCUCUUACACCAGCCUCUUGCCACCAGAGAGCAGCUGCACUGAAGAGCUUCCUGUCGAAACAGUUCGUGCCAUGGCAGAGGAGACUCGAGUCGAAGGAAACGUCAGCAGCCACAUUUAUCUCACGUACUUCACUGCAGGCUGUAACCCCCUGGUGUUACUGGUUAUAGUGCUGCUCAGUGUCAUAGCAGAGGUGGUGUAUAUUCUGCAGGACUGGUGGCUGGUGUACUGGGCCAGAGAAGAUUCCUUCAACAGCACAGCCAGCGCUGGUAGCAGCAAAUGUUACAUUAAUGCAACUCGCUCAAGUCAAGAGUUCAGUCUCACGUUUAACCUCAGCAUUUACUCGGGCUUAACAGCAGUUGCUGUCGUGUUUGGCUAUGCCAGAAGUUUAGUGAUCUUUCAUGGGUUGGUGAGAUCAGCUCAAACUCUGCACAACAGCAUGUUCAGUGCUGUCAUCCGCACGCCGGUCCGCUUCUUUGACGUCAACCCCAUAGGAAGAAUUCUUAACAGGUUUUCCAAAGACACCAGCCAGAUGGACUCCAUAUUACCCAUCACUUUUGUGGACUUCUAUCAAUUGUUUCUACAAAAUGUUGGCGUGGUUGCAGUGGCGGCCUCAGUCAUCCCUCUCAUCCUCAUACCUGUCGUUCCUCUGAUUUUUAUCUUCCUGUACUUGAGGCGUUUCUACCUCCGCACAUCGCGAGAUAUCAAGCGCCUCGAGUCAACAACUCGGAGUCCAGUCUUCUCCCACCUGUCUUCGUCUCUCCAGGGCCUGUGGACGAUCCGAGCCCUCGGAGCCGAGCGCAGAUUAAAGAAAGCCUUUGAUACACAUCAGGAUCUGCACUCAGAGGCCUGGUUUUUGUUCCUGAUGACCUCCCGCUGGUUUGCGUUUCGCCUCGACGGCAUUUGCUCCAUAUUUAUCACCCUGACAACAUUUGGCUGCAUCCUACUCAGAGAUGGUCUUGAUGCUGGAGAGGUGGGCCUGGUGCUGACGUAUGCUGUGACACUCAUAGGAAACUUCCAAUGGACGAUGAGGCAGAGUGCUGAGGUGGAGAACAUGAUGACGUCAGUGGAGAGGGUGGUGGAGUAUACGAAGCUGAAGAGCGAAGCACCCUGGGAAACCCAGAAGCGUCCUCCUUCUGAUUGGCCCAGCACAGGCAUGGUGACUUUUGAUCAGGUUAGCUUCUACUACAGCGACGAUGCAACGCCCGUCCUCAAAGAUAUCAGUGCCACUUUCCAACCCAAUGAGAAGGUUGGCAUCGUGGGUAGGACCGGUGCCGGGAAAAGCUCUCUGGUCUCUGCUCUGUUCCGCCUGGCAGAACCUCAGGGGAGGAUCUACAUCGAUGGUGUCUUGACCUCUGAGAUUGGACUCCAUGACCUGCGCCAGAAUAUGUCCAUCAUCCCUCAGGAUCCAGUGCUGUUUACCGACACUGUGAGGAAAAACCUGGACCCUUUCAACCAGCACACUGAUGAAGACCUGUGGAAGGCUCUGGAGGAGGUGCAGCUGAAGUCUGUGGUGGAGGAGCUGCCUGUCAAGCUGGAGACAGUUCUAGCUGAGUCGGGCUCCAACUUCAGCGUUGGUCAGAGACAGCUGGUGUGUCUUGCCAGAGCCAUCCUGAGGAAGAACCGCAUCCUUCUUAUCGACGAAGCCACAGCCAACGUGGACCCCAGGACGGAUGAGCUCAUCCAGAAGACCAUACGAGACAAGUUCAGAGAAUGCACUGUGCUGACUAUCGCUCAUCGCCUCAACACCAUCAUAGAUAGCGACAGGAUACUGGUGCUGGACAACGGUGUCAUCCAGGAGUUUGACCAUCCCUUCACGCUGCUACAAAACAAAGAAGGUGCACUCUACAAGAUGGUGCAACAGAUGGGCCAGGCUGAAGCAACAGCCCUGCUGGAGGCUGCCACCAGGCAGCACAACAGUCAUGAUAGCCUGAGGCCAGCAGAGUGAGAUUUUUGAUGACCAGUUGUCUGCUGUGUAACAGAGCCCAGAUGUAAGUGGUAUCUGAGAAGACUUUCCAUUGCACACGACACAUUUUUCAGCUUGUAGUUCAGGAUCUCCUGUAGACUUAAUUUUGUCUUUAUUUUGAAAGAUGCAAAUCAGUCCAAGUAUAAGAAUCAACCUCUAGUAAAGUGAAGUUUUUUUUCUAUAAUUGAAUAGUAGCAGGUAAUACAGAAAUUUAAUUUUCAGUAUUAAAACGUUACAGGAGCAUUUGGUUUUUUUUUGUGUCUUGAAAGCUGCUUGUAAGUCAAAAAUCUGAUGUUUUGGUUCAAUGUGAGUAGCCGGUGGUCUCAUGCAACUGUCCUGGAAAUCCAUCUGUGAAACUUCAGACCAAGCGUGUUACUGAGCCCGUCAGGGAAAACACCACUUAAUAAGAUUGGGCCGCAAUUGGCAAUUUCCACAAGAGUCAAUGAAAUGACUCAGAGGUGGGCCCAGCCAACAUCACUUCAUCUAUAGGCGAGGUAAAUUACAGCUGCUGCAAUUUAGUGUGCUCUGUUCACCCUGAAGGUAUGUCAGAGGAAAGUUUUGGCAACUUGAGUCAAACUGAUGGCAAACAAUUUUCUGGAGACCAAGCGUGUUACUGAGCCCGUCAAGGAAAACACCACUUAAUAAGAUUGGGCCGCAAUUGGCAAUUUCCACAAGAGUCAAUGAAAUGACUCAGAGGUGGGCCCAGCCAACAUCACUUCAUCUAUAGGCGAGGAUGGCUCUGGCAAGACACACCAGCUGUCUCUGCCCGACACUGAAGUUGGAACCCGACUCGGCUAGAACUGUCUCAAGCUUGCCAGGCAGCUCCUCCACCACAGACUUCAGCUGCACCUGCAGAGAACGCCAAGACAUUCAUAAAUAUGCUGUGAUAACGGUCAACUGCAGCUCUGAGGACCCUAGUAUUCACUUGAAAGUAUUCCCAACUGACCAUGAGUGAAAAUAAAUUGUGGGAAAUGUUGAAAAUC